CGAUUUGGUUGUUGUCCUCAAGGAGGUAGUUGGGGGGGAGUUGUGGCAUUGCGGGGUAAACCCCGGAGGUGACUUGGGAAUAGGUGGGAAGGAUGGUGGGGAUGGUGGAGGUGGUCAUGAUGGGUUGGGAGAGGGUUUGGGAGUGCGGGGGGGGAAGAGGGGUGACGUGGAUGGGCGAGGAAUGCAGCGGUGUGCUGGAUGCGCCGGAUGAGGGAGGAGGUGGAGGGAACGGAACAAUGAUGGAGGUUGAAGGGUUGGUGGAUGUGGUGGUAGAGGUGGUAGGAGUGGAGGAGGUCGGCGGGGGGGUGUUGCUGGAGGCGGCUGUGGAGGAGGGAGUGGUUUGCACUGUGGAGGAUGGAGUGGUUUGCGCAGUGGUGACGACCGUGAUGGAGGGGAUGGUCCCUUCGAUCGUGGUGACGCGGUCGCAUAUGGAUGACAUGUUGGCCUUUAUGUCGUCAAGAGAGGCGGUCACGGAGGUUCGGAGGGUGUUGAGUGCGUGGAGGAUGGCAGAGAGGUCGGGGGAAGAGGGGGUGGAGGACGAAGGGAAGAAGUUGAGACCGAUCGAGUACAUGAGCAAAAAGAUGCCUUCAAAGAAGUUGGCAAAGUCCACCUAUGAGAGGGAACUCUACGCUCUUUACAAGGCACUUGUCCACUGGAGGCAUUACUUGUUAGGAAGGUUCUUCUACUUGAGAACUGACCAUCAAACACUCAAGUGGAUCAAGACUCAACCAGUUCUCUCCGAUGCACUCAAACGCUGGAUUAAAGUCAUAGAUCAAUAUGAUUUCAAACUAGACUAUUUGAAGGGAGAGUACAACAAGGUUGCAAAUGAGUUGUCUAGGAGGGCAGAUUACCUAGGUGCGCUGAUUUAUGAGUUUGGUUUGUCUGAGGACGUGACUCGAUCGUUGGAUGAAGUCUACAAGGAAGAUCCCAUCACGAUGGACAUCAUCAACAAACUACAGGCUAAAGAUAAGGUCACCACUGAUGAAUUUGUGAUGGUGGAUGGGUUGCUCUUUCUUGAGAAGGCAGGGUUCAAGAGUUUGAGUGCUCUGGCCAGCCAAGGGUUUGCUAUUGGCACUGUUUGCCUUUAUCUGUCAGCGGGGCUUGCUGCCUGGUCGCUGGUGGUCUAUAUGAAAGGCAUAUUGCGAGUGCUCGUGAAGGGUUGAUUGUGGCCAACACUCGAGGCCAGUUGGUGAAAGCCAGAAAGGAUCUUCAUUCUGAACUCUUUGACUUCACUCUUCAAUUAAUGUUUUACCAUGUGCAAAUAUCAAUUAUUACCUCAGCCUAACAUUCUGGGCCGAUUCUUCAGAACUACCAGCCUGAUUUCAGCAGUGUGUCCGCCGAGGGAGAGAAAGAGAGGGAACUGUGUCUGCUUAUGGACAAGGUGCAUUUGGUGAGCGCCUACGGAUAUACAUAUUACACACAUUCAGAGCAACCAAACACACACACAUACAGGCUGUGUGUGUGUUUGUGCGUCUGUGUGUGAGAGAGAGAGGGGGUGGGGGUGGGGGGGGGAGGGGGAGUGUGUGUGUGUGUGUGUGUGAGAGAGAGAGAGAGAGAGAGAGAGAGAGAGAGAGAGAGAGAGAGAGAGAGAGAGAGAGAGGAUGUUCGGAAUAAUGGAUUGUGAAAGCCCAUAUGCAAUGAGGUGGCACAUCACACGUAGGGGUAGGGUGGUUGUGUUGUUUAUUAGUGGAAGAAUGCAAGAGACGUUCAGGAUGGGCAGUGCAGAGUCUUAUCUUGACCUUGGCAUGUGGAGAAUCGUGGGUUGCCGAAGCAGUUGACCGAUGGAAUGAGGUGGCCCUUUGCCUGUCGAUGUUGAGAUGCUGCAGUCAUUUAUUUAUAGAAGAUAUCGGGGUUCUGAGUUCCGAAUGCAUCAAUGUAGAGGUAGGGGAGAGUUGUACUGAGCGUAGCAUGCAGUUAUGGGCCAGCAACUCUGGCGAUUCCGAGGAAUGUCACCGGUAGAGCGAUUCUAAAUGUGAAAGGUUCUGGGGAGAACGACUACAGAGCACAUGCCAUGCUAGAUGUUUACGUCUUAUGCUACUGUUCUUGUCACUGUUGACCCUCCUUCAUUUCUAGUAUUUUUCUAUCAAUGUGAUUAUGUAACAUAAAUUGUCAUGCGCCAUCCGAAUGGAAGGUUCAGAUCGUACUGCUGCUUUGGGCCAUGGGCUGUAUUAUUUGCGAAUGGAUAUGCCAUCCCAAGUUGGAUGGUAAUGUGCCCUUUCAAAUGUCAAAUGCAUAAAGGAAGGUUGUCAUCUUGCAGAGCUCUCCCGUGUUGGAGAAAACACUCUUCAAUGCCAUCCCAACUUCCCAAGUGUUCUUUUUUUUUUUUUUUUUUUUUUUUUGAGAGAGAGAGAGAGAGAGAGAGAGAGAGAGAGAGAGAGAGAGAGAGAACACCAAUCGGUCACCGUUAACAGUUCUGCUGAAUCCUGUCGUGGUACUGAAGAUUCUUUCCAGCCUACUCAUGAUGGCCAUGAACAAGGUCAUACUCACGCUGGGACUUCUUGGAUAAAUAUGGACAGAAAUU